AUGUCUGCCCAAGACGAUCAUGAAGAUCUCGCUCCCUCCUCAACACCAGGCUACAAGCCUGCGGGACCCGCCAAAUCAACCGACGAGUAUGCGAAAAUGGAUGCCGAGGAUGAGAGCUUAGCGCGAUGGAAAGCUAGUCUCGGUAUCGUCCCAGGGGCAACCGGAGGUAAUGCGUCUGGACCUAAAGUAACCGUGCUCACCUUGGAGCUGGUUUCUCCGUCUAUGCCUCCCGGCAAGAGGCUGCACCUCAACCUCCAGGACCAGGCACAAUUGCAAGAAUUCAAGAAGAAUCCCGUCACAAUCAAGGAAGGCGUGGAAUACAAUGUCCGGAUAACUUUCAAAGUUAACCACUCCAUCAUCUCUGGUGUGCGCUACAUACAAGUUGUGAAGCGGGCUGGCGUGAGAGUGGACAAGAUGGAACAGAUGUUGGGCUCGUACGGUCCCCAUCCUAAGGGUGAGCCGUACACCAAGAACUUCGACACUGAGGAAUCGCCCUCUGGUAUGAUCGCUCGCUCCGGCACAUACAACGUGCGUAGCCGGGUUGUUGACGACGAUGGUGAAGUAUACGCAGAUUGGGAGUGGUGCUUCAAGCUAGGGAAGGAGUGGUGA